CUGGAGCUUAGAGACUCUAGUAAACCACAGCCUCUACUCGAUCCUUGAUACCUACAGCCAAGCCCAGCCGCUGGACCAUCUCCGGCCGGUGCGGACCCAUUAAGGAGUUGAGCGGUCUCCUGACAGUUACCCUGCAGCCGCACCUCCUCACCCCACCCCCACCCGCGUCCCCGUCCGUAGGACCACAACUCCCGUAGUGCCCCGCGCAGGAGCUGAAUUACAGCUCCCGUCAUGCGCCGCGCACAUUCCUAGCUGGGCUGGCAGUACCGCUGCGAUGAUGGUGGCCGCGGCUGCCGAGCGAAACAAGGAGCCCAUCCUGUGCGUGCUCCGCCAGUAUGUGGAUCCUGCCCAGCGUGGCGUUCGCGUGCUCGAGGUGGCCUCGGGCUCCGGUCAGCAUGCCGCGCACUUUGCGCAGGCUUUCCCUCAUGCCGAGUGGCAGCCGUCGGACGUGGACCAGCGCUGCCUGGACAGCAUUGCCGCCGCCACUCAAGGCCAAGGGUUGUCCAAUGUGAAGGCCCCGCUGUACCUGGACGUUACCUGGGAGUGGGAGCGAUGGGGCGGGAUACCGCCGCGAUCGCUGGACCUGUUGCUCUGUAUCAAUAUGAUCCACAUCAGCCCCCUGAACUGCACUGAGGGGCUCUUCAAAGCAGCAGGACAGCUGCUUAAAACCAAGGCUGUACUGAUCACCUAUGGGCCCUUUGCAGUCAAUGGGAAGAUCUCUCCCCAGAGCAACGUGGACUUUGACCUGACCCUCAGAUGCAGGAAUCCAGAGUGGGGCCUUCGUGACACAGCCCUCCUGGAAGAACUGGGCCAGGCCAGUGGCUUGGUCCUGGAGAGGAUGCAAUGCCUUUUUCCAGGUGGACAUGCCGGCCAACAACAAGUGCCUGAUUUUCCGGAAAGAAUAGCCUAUUUCCUACCUCCCAUGUGCCUGCAUCUCUGUCAAGGGAUCUGCCAUGGUACAAACUAGACUUCAGCGCCUCCCUCACUGAGUCACUUCUUGGGAUAAAUUAGCCCCUCCUAGUCUGGUGGCCACAGGGCUUCAAAGAACCUGGGUCCAGUGGGCCUUGAAAUAAAGCCUUUCCAGCCCACUGUGGGGCAUCUAUAUCA